AUCGAGAAAAUGAGGCACAGAACUUUAUGUGACUUUGGUACGGUCGAAUUUGUGUAUACGACUAAUUUGAUUUUCUAGACAAGAAUGGCAAAAGAAGGACGGUUCUCAGAUAAUAAAAUUGAUGAAACGACAAAAAUGGCAGAACAAUACUCAAAUCAAAUUUGUGAGGAAAUAUUGACGACAGCACGUAUCAAAUUUGCAAUUAAAUGUCUGUGUACAGCUAUGGAUCUAAAGAAAAAUAAAAAUAUCGUCUUUAGUCCGAGUAGCAUAUAUGAAGGACUUUUAUUGGUUUACUUGGCAUCCAGUGAUGACACUGAAAAACAAUUGAGAUGCAAACUCGAGUUACCUGACAAUGAUAAUACCCAAAAUAUGAUUACAGACUGGAUAUUACAUACAAUGGAGAUAAGAAAUACAGGUGAAAAAUUACCCAAUUAUAAGAAAAAAACCAGUUGUUGGAUUACAAAUUCUAAAUUUGUAAGUAAUGUGACGCAAAGAUUAUUCAAAGGAGAAUUGGAAUUAGUAAAUUUUCACAGAACUUAUUACAAUUUAAAAAAUCAAAUAAAUGAAUUCCUGAGAAGAAAGACAAAAGAUUACAUACGUACACCUGUGCAAUUCAACAAUAUCAAUAAAGAAAUGCAAGUUAUUCUAUCGACCGUACUUCGCUUAAAAGGCAAAUCAAUAAAACGAAAUACCGAUCGUUUCGAGCAAACACUGCGUUCAAUGCAUUCAUCGAAGGAACUUAGAAGCUACGCAUCUCGAAAAUUAAAGAUGACCGUGACAGAGUUACCAUUCGUGGACAAGAACAUUUCGUUUUUCCUGUUAAUUCCCGCUUGGCGCUAUCUAAACGAAUGGAUUGUGUAUAAAAUAUCGGAUUUGGUUGAACGAUUGAUGACCAAAGAAGGAAUCGAUGAGCUAAGGAGUGCGUUAGAUGCCGAACUGUCAUGUGGCAGUUUUGAAAAAAGUGAAGAUAUAAUAUAUCCCGAUUCCUUUGAACUGGAAGACGAACUCAAGAUGGAUAAGUUAUUGGACAAAUUAGGCAUUCAAGAUUUAUGGCAACCCGACAAGGCGACUCUGUCUAAGUUCACUGAUGAAAAUUUGCACUUCGGCGGUGCCAUACAUCGCACGUAUAUUAAGGUGACAACAGAGAAUAUCAUUGCCAGCACAGUUAACAUGUUUUUUACGAAAAAAGAAGCGUUUUUUAAUUCAUCCAACAAUAUUAAUAACUCUGCAUGUACACAAAAUUUUCUAUGGCUACUCUAUUGUAAAGAGAGUCGUACCAUUCUUUUUAUUGGCUCUAUGAAUAAAGAAGACCCAUUGACUCCAUCAAAAAAGCGCAAAGGGUUUGCUAACAGAAUUCGAAAGAUGUUUAAAUAAUUGGAACUAUAAUGGUAUAAAAGAAAUCCACAGUAUAAUCAUUUUAGAUAUAGCCACUAAUUGUAAGUAUAUGUUUGACAAGUAAAGCGCCUAUGGAUUAUUUAUAAUUUAUUGUAUUUAUGGUAUAAAUAACCUACAGUUUGUAAGAUUUAAAUUUAUGAUAUAGAUUUAAUAACAACAAUUAUUAAUAAACAUUUUAAUAACUUUAUAUUAAUAAGAAUAAUGCA